GACGGCGGCUGAUACCAGCCUUCCCCGAUGUUCUUCUCGGGAUGCCUCUUGUGCAACCGACAAUUAAAGGCUUCUCUGAGGCCACGAUUUGAGCACGUCACCUUUGCGACCGUUUCGUGAAAAUACAGGGCACUAUUUAGAGGUGGUGGGCAGGGACCCAAACCUACUGGCGCAAGACCGGGAGCUUGGCUCGGUACUCAAGUGCCCUCUGACCAGGGACACCCACCUGUCAAGGGCGCGACUCUCCCCUCACCAGACGGCUCCCGCCACCGCAAGGGCCACGCUCAGCCCUCGCGGGUGGGUCACAGCCACCUACCGCAGGGCUUCGCGGCCAGCGCGGCCUUCCCGCCCUCCCCCCCGAGCGCGGCGGCGGGCGGGCCGGGGCUGCGGCAGGUGGCACACACCCGCUCCGCGGCGCUUUUUCCGGGAGGCCGCGGGGCCGCGCCCGGGCCGCCGGCAGGUGAAGGAGGCGGCGGCGGCCGCGGCGCUGCCCCUCGCUGAGGUGGCUCCCGCCCGGGCGGACGAGAGGGGCCGCUAUGAGGCUGCUCUUGCUGGCGUGCCUCCGAGCGCAGACCGGCAACGCGACCACCGCGGCCAGGAUACAGAAUCAUCUACAUGCUGCAGGUCAUAUCUGUGUUCUUAAAGAUGCUUUCAUGUAUGAAAGUCCAACUGAAAUAGCAAAUCUAACCUCUACAGACAAGUUUGAUGCAGCCCUGGCCAUUCAUCUUUAUAAAGGAGGCAGACUUCUGCAAGGUAGCAGAAUUCCUUUUGGAAUCAUCUUUGGUGGGACAGAUGUAAAUGAAGAUAUCAAAUGUGAAGAGAAACAUUGGGUAAUGGGAGCAGUGCUAGGAGAAGCCAGAUUUGCAGUGGCUUUCACGAUGAAAAUGAAGGAACUGGCAGCAGCAGCGUGGCCAGAUGCUAGGCAGAAAAUAUACGUCCAAACUCAAGGAAUUAAGACUACACCCAGUGAAACAUUUGACUGGUAUAGAUUUCUACAAAAUGCAGAUAUUCCUACAGAUACAGGCAGUUUACAUAUGUUUCUUCUGAUAUGCGGACUUCGAAGAGUCAAAGACCCUUUGUAUUUAGUAGAUGUAUUUUCAGCUUGGCACAGAAAGGAUCCUAGUGUCCAUCUGGGCAUAAUUGGACCUGCAGUCGAUCCACUUUUUACCAGUGAAGUUAAGGAAAAAGUUAAAAGGGCACCUGGAGUACAUUUAUUACAGGACAUGCCACAAGAUGAUCUUCAUGCUGCUAUGAAAAGGUGCUUUGCUGUGGUGAACAGCUCCAUUUCAGAGGGGAUGUCUGCUGCAAUUCUGGAGGCAAUGGAUUUAGAUAUUCCAGUGCUGGCAAGGAACAUUCCUGGGAAUGCAGCAAUAAUAAAACAUAAGGAAACAGGACUGCUAUUUUCAAAUCCCCAGGAGUUUGUUGCGCUGUCCAAGAGUUUGAUGAAUGACCCCAUUAUGGAAAGAGAAAUUGUAACAAGGGCCAAAGACUACGUGAAGAAACAUCAUUCAUGGGAAAGUGAAAGAAAAGCCUAUCAGACUCUUGUCCUAAGACUCCAGUGAACUGCAAGACUACAGCUGAUACCCGGCAGUCUAUGUAGAGCACUUUAAUGAUGGAUGUGUAAUUAGCUUUGGGUUUCUCUUGGUUUCUUUUUAGAAGAAAUAGUAGGACAUGCAUUAUUAUUCUAUUCAAACAUACCAACAUCACAGGAGUUGCCUGCUACUUCAAACUAUCACAUUUAUCUAAUUCAGCACGCUGUCUCUAGUGUACCAAUUCAUCAGAGGCUGGCAUCAUUUUGUAAGAUCACGUAGGAGAAAUAUAAUCCUUGAGCAGACACAAAAUUUUUGUUGUUGUAAGGCCUCAAAGGGAGGAUGAUUUCUUGUACACGGUGAAGCACUCCACCACAUAGAGCUCACAUCAAAUGUUCUGAUCAUGUUGCAUCCUAAUGAAACUGCAGUAGCAGUUUUCUUUCCAGUUAUACCAGUCCGAAUGUAUUCGGGUAUAUGUGACACGCACAUAUACGUUCAUAAAGCCAAGAUUAGUUACAUAGUGUAUAAAAUCAUUAAGAUGAAAGCUUUCUUAAGACUGAAAGAUCAACAUAUCUGUUGACUGCAUAAUGAUCAGGGGGCCAAAAAGCAAGCAGAGUGUUCAUGCUUGGGAAAGGUGAGGAGUAUAGGGCAUGUCUUGUACUGCCCUCUGAGUACCUGAAUUGCUUUCAGAUAAGCUGAUAUGACCAAACAGUCCCAUGCCUGCAUUUUCUCUUGGGUCCUGGGACUAGAGCAGGAAGGUUGGCACAGCACCCAACAGCCGUGCAUGGCUUCAGAUUCCAGAACUGCUCAGUGCUGCCCGCAGCAGCAAGACGUGCUUGCAGACAGAGAUGCUUUGUUACAUAAACUACCUCUUAGUUUGCCAGUUUCUUUGGUACCUCUGUGAUUUACUUAUUUACCAAAAGAUUUAUGAGAGCUGUAAAAAGGGAUGAAGUGGGGGGGGGGUAGAUAUUUUCAAUUUACUGUGUAUUUUGGUACUGUUUGUUCUCGUUUGUGGCUUUCAGGAUAUAUUGUAAUAUAUGGCAGCAGGCUGUUUUAAAGUGAGACUUAUCUAUGCUUGAAGUCCAUACUAAUCAUUCGUGCCAGCGCAGUGAUUAUGGACCUAUCUUUAAAUCCAUAAUAAGUCAUCAAAGGACUUCUUACAUUUCUAGAAAAAAAAGAGGGUCAUAUUUUUAACUACCAACUCUAUUUGCUUUGUAUAGGCUGCCCCCAGUGAGAACCAGUGAGAUGUUUUCUAUUGUUGUGUCAGACUUUUCUUUGUAAUAAUGAAGUUCACUGUGUAUUUUAAGCAUUCCUCUUUAUUUUUGAUGUUUUGCAACUGUUGGGACAGUAAACAAGUAAUUUGAAUGUCAUAUACUGACUUCUCCAAAAUUUUCCCCCCUUUUAUCCUAAUGGGCUUCUGCUCAGCAUUGCCUUCAAUAACACAAUCCUCAAGGGCAAAACUGGCCUGAUUUGAAAUCCAAGAAUUGCUACACACCCUUCUGAGCAUAUUUUUCCUAAAUAUUUCUGGCGUGUCAUUUGACGUGCUGGGAUGUAAGUACAUCCGUGCUAGUUCUCAGUUUAAAAGCCACCAGCCAACAUCUACCACUGAACAGUUUCUAAAUCUGCAACUGAACCAGCCUGUUGGGUUUUCCCUGCUGUCUCAGGAGGAGCCAUAUUUCUUUGGACAUCUCCGUUACCUGUGAGUAGUGAGGCCUCUCGUGGGAUUGCAGUGUCUCUUUUGGCCACAGCAAACUAUAUACUAAAGGAGGAACCCCUACAACAUGGAUUUUCAGCAUGACAUAUGUGGUAUGGGACCUUUAUAGGCAAUAGAAUAAAAAAGACCAUUAAUAGCUAACUGAGCAGACUGCAGGGAGUCCUGUUCCUCUCAGAACAUCUUCUCCCAGAUCUCCUCUGACAGUGUAUCUCUGAUAAUGUGCUCAUUUGCCUUUGAUCCUUAGCCAUUCCCCCACCACCCCUUCCUAUAAUAUUGGUUGUCUUCUGAGAAAUACAGAUUAUUAAAAACAAAUAAACAAAUAAAUAUUGUGGGAUGGAAGUCUAA